CAAUGGCCGCCGCUUUCCUGCUAGCCGCUGCGCUGCUGGGCUCGUCCCGCGGCUUCAACCUGGACUCGGAGAAGCCCGUCAUCUAUGCCGGGACCGAGGGCAGCUACUUCGGCUUCGCCGUGGACUUCUUCUCGUCCUCCUUGCUGAUCGGGGCUCCCAAAGCCAACAGCAGCCAGCCUGGCAUCAACCAAGGGGGCGACGUGCUGAAAUGCGACUGGAGAAAUGCCAAAUGCCAGCCUAUUGUCUUCGACUCAACUGGCAAUCGAUACUAUGCCGACAACGACCCCAUCGAGUUCAAAUCUAACCAGUGGUUCGGGGCAUCCCUGAGAGUCAAAGACGACAAGAUCCUUGCCUGUGCCCCCUUGUAUCACUGGAGGACUGAGGCCAAGCAAGAAAGGGAGCCAGUUGGGACUUGUUACUUGAAGGAUGGAGACAAGAUUGUGGAAUAUGCGCCCUGCAGGUCUACUUCCAAAGCAGACGCCCAGGAGCAAGGCUUUUGCCAGGGCGGGUUCAGCGUUGACUUCACCAACAACAACCGGGUCCUUCUCGGGGGUCCCGGCAGCUUCUACUGGCAGGGUCAACUCAUCUCGGACAAGAUCGAGAACAUUUUUAAAAACUACGACCCCGCGAAGUACAGCACCACCUACGAGGGUCAGCUGGCCACCAGAUCGGCCAGCCCCGUGUACGACGACAGCUACUUGGGCUAUUCCGUGGCGGUGGGUGACUUCAACGGAGACGGUGUCGAUGAUUUCGUCUCCGGGGUGCCGAGAGCAGCCAAAACGCUGGGGAUGGUGUCCAUUUACAACGGCCAGUCGAUGGCGUCGCUGUACAAUUUCACCGGAGAGCAAAUGGCCGCCUAUUUUGGUUAUUCCGUGGCCACGACAGACAUCAAUGGCGAUGGGCUGGUGGACCUGUUCGUGGGGGCUCCCCUUUUUAUGGACCGCGGCUCCGAUGGGAAGCUCCAAGAAGUUGGGCAAGUCACCGUUUAUAUUCAGCAAAGCAGAGCGGGGCUUCGGUUUUUAUUGAAGCUGACUGGUUUUUACGCUUUUGCAAGAUUCGGCAGCUCCGUGGCGCCUCUUGGUGACGUGGACCAAGACGGUUUCAAUGACAUUGCCAUUGGGGCACCUUACGCCGGAGAAGGUAAAAACGGCCUCGUGUACAUUUACAACGGAAGAAGUUCUGGGGUCAGCACAACACCCUCCCAAGUUCUUGAAGGACAAUGGGCCUCUAGAACCAUGCCGCCGAGUUUUGGAUACUCCUUGAAAGGUGCUACCGACAUUGAUGAGAACGGCUAUCCUGAUUUGGUGGUUGGAGCUUUUGGGGCAGACAAGGCUAUAUUAUACAGGUCCAGGCCUGUUGUCACGGUGAAUGCCGUUCUAGAAGUGAAUCCAACCAUACUGAACCCGGAAAGUAAAACCUGUACUCUUCAAAAUGGAGCUAUGGUUUCCUGCUUUGAUGUGAAAUUCUGCCUCAAAGCCACUGCCAAAGGGAACGUCCCGGCAACCCUGAACUUUAAGGUGGAACUUUUGUUGGAUAAGCUUAAACAGAAGGGAGCAGUACGAAGAGCGUUGUUCCUUCACACCGCACAGCCCACUCAUUCCAAGAACAUGACAAUAGGGAAUGGAGGGAACAUGCGUUGUGAAGAAUUAAAAGCCUAUCUACGGGAUGAGAGCGAGUUUCGGGACAAACUCACACCUAUCACAAUCUUCAUGGAUUACGAAAUGGAUUAUAAGGCCGCCGCUGAUCCAUCUGGACUAAUGCCCAUCCUUAACCAGCUCACCUCGGCCAACCUAACCAAACAGGCGCACAUCUUGUUGGACUGCGGCGACGACAACAUCUGCAAGCCUAAGUUGAUGUUAUCGGUUGAAAGCCAGCAACAACAAAUCUACAUCGGAGAUGACAGCCCCUUGACUCUGUUCGUUGAUGCCCAAAAUCAAGGCGAAGGGGCCUACGAAGCAGAACUUUUUGUCUAUAUACCACCCCAGGCAGACUUUAUUGGCGUUGUCCGAAACAAUGAAUCCUUGACACGCUUGUCUUGUGCCUUCAAAACGGAAAAUCAGACGCGCCUUGUCGUAUGCGACCUUGGAAAUCCCAUGAAGGCCGGGACAAGGGUCUUGGCAGCCUUGCUGUUUAGCGUCCACCAGCUAAGUGAGAUGGACAACACCGUCAACUUUGACUUGCAGAUCCAAAGCUCUAACCAGUAUGACAAUACCAGUGCCAAGCAGUCCCUGCGGAUUGCCCUGGCGGUUCUGGCCGCAGUUGACAUAAGAGGCGUUUCCACUCCGACGGAGGUCUUCCUGCCCAUUGCAAACUGGGAACCCAAGGAGAACCCGGUAACGGAAGAUGACGUUGGACCUCUGGUUCAACAUAUCUUCGAGCUCAGAAACAAUGGCCCCAGUGCGUUCAGCAAAGCGAUGCUCAACAUCCAGUGGCCCUACAAGUACAAGAACAACUAUCUGUUGUACAUUGUCAAAUAUGAAAUCGACGGCCCCAUGGACUGCACUUCUGAUGUUCUGAUCAACCCACUGGACCUCAAACUGUCCAGUUCGCAAGCGGACGAGGUGAAAAACGUGACCCGCACGGAACGCAAUCGGCGCGAACUUCCGCUGGUGGACGGCGAACUGCAGACCAUUGGCUGCGGCCAAGCGCAGUGUCUCAAGAUUGAAUGCCACGUGGAGCGCGUGGAAAGAGGAAAAAGCGCCAUCUUGUACAUUCGGUCAAGAUUGUGGACGCCGACGUUUCUGAAUAGCGAGAACCAGAACCAUUCCUAUUCUUUAAAAUCUUCCGCCACGUUCCAUGUGCUGGAAUUCCCUUAUAAGAACAUGAGUCUUCCUGAUAUAAACAAUUUCACCGAGGUCACGACCAACAUCCUGUGGGUGAACCAGACGUCCAGCGCCCCCGUACCCGUGUGGGUCAUAGUACUCGCAGUGCUGUCAGGUUUGCUACUGUUGGCCCUAAUGGUGUUUAUUAUGUACAAGUUGGGGUUCUUUAAACGUGUCCGGCCUCCUCAGGAGGAGACGGAAACCGAACAGCUUCAGCCGCAUGAUAAUGAAGGAAACACAGAUGCUUGAGUUAAUCAUUCCUACAUUUUUUUGUUGUUUUUGUUCCAGGAAUAACUUAGUUCCCCAAAGCAGUUUUAAAGUGGACGCUCCACUUCUGUGCA